ACGACACUUGUCUUAAUGCCAACAAAAAAAUUUCUCUCUCAUCUCUCUUCUCUCUAUUAUCUCUCUCUCUCUCUCUCUUCAAGUUCUCACCUUUUGAGAUUACAAAGAACACAAAAGUACCUUUCUUUAUUCUCUCUUUUCAGUUUACAUCACACUCUAUUAAACACUCUUCAAUCUCCGGUCAACAAAAGUAUGAUUUCAAUUUCUUAGCAAGUUUCAGUUUUUUUCUCCCUCCAUCUUUGAAUCUGAGACUUUUGUUUUUCCAUCUGGAUUAAUCGGAGGAAAAAAAAUGAGAAAGACGUCUGCUUCUUCCAAUAGCUUUGGUGGGUUUUUGAGUCCCGGAGCUCCGAGUUACAGCGAUAACAAAGGAUGGAGCUCCGAGAGAGUUCCUCAUCCUUCGUCUUCUACUUCCACCGCCGCAAUUAACGGCGGUCGUCGUCACAUCGGCUCCGCCUCCGCUUUAGCGACGCCGUUUUACAGCGGCAGAGCCAUACCUUCGAAAUGGGAAGAUGCUGAACGAUGGAUUUGUAGCCCCGUGGCGGCAUACCCACCAGGUGUUUGUAAAAAUCCCUCAGUGAGCUCUCACUUCUCCGAGCAGAGGCGGCAGAAAUCCAAAAGCGGUCCGAUUGUUCCUCCUACGCUGCCGCAUCCUCCGACGUCUUCUUCGUCGGCGAUUGGGUGUUAUCACUAUUCUCCGAGGAUGACGAUGCGGGCCAUGGAAGCUCCUCAAGGGAAUAUGAAGAGUUUAAUGGUGGUUGGUUCGCCGUUCUCCACCGGAGUUUUGGAGGCUGAUAGGGUAUUUAGAGGGAGUGUUGGUGGUGGUUGUGAUGGCUAUCGACGUGGCCAUGGACAUAGCCGGAGCUGGGCUGAUUUGAUGAGUGAAGAAACUUCAUCACUUGGUUCCAAAACUGAUACAGAGGAGAAAGCAGAGGACACAAAGGAAGGAGAGAUGACGACGGCGGCGCAAUCUCCGGUGGUUUCAAGAAGAGAUAUAGCUACUCAGAUGAGCCCAGAAGAGAUGAGUCCUAAUAAUGACCACCAGUCUCCUCGAGAGCUUAACUGUUCAUCUCCACCGUUGGUUGUUUCUGUUAUUGAGCCUCCUCCGCGGGAAAAUCCUUGUAGAGGUGAAGUGAGAGAAGUGAAAAUGGAUAAAGGAGCAAAGAUGAUUAAGCGUCCGAAGAGACGAGUAAUGUCUUCUGCUAGGGUUAUCAGGAGAGAGCAACCUGAGGUUGAAGACAACUCUGAAGCUUCUGCUUCUUCUUCUUCUUGGGAUAUCUCAGAACCAGCCAUGACUCUUUCAAAGUUGCAAAGAGAGGAAGCGAAGAUAGCAGCUUGGGAAAAUCUGCAGAAGGCGAAAGCAGAAGCCGCCAUUAGAAAGCUUGAGGUGAAGCUGGAGAAGAAGAAAUCAGCAUCAAUGGAUAAGAUCUUGAACAAGCUUCAAACAGCUAAGUUGAAAGCACAAGAGAUGAGGAGAAGUUCAGUAUCCAGUGACCAUCAACAAGAACAACAGGGGAAUCAUCAAAUCUCCAGAAAUUCGGUGAAGAUCACUCAUCUUGUCCGAAGACAUACUUUCAUGACCCCUUUCAUGACUUGCUUCGCUCCUCGUGUUGAUUGCAGAAAAUCUUCAUCUGCUCUCUAGAUUAUUUUUUAUUUUGUUUGUGAAAGACAAAUUUGAACAAAAGAAAACAAAUAUGUACACUGCGACUUUUCUUGUAAAGCUUUAUCUGUUCCAAUUUUCACUUCUCUGCAUAAUA